AUGAGUUUUGUGCUCUUUUGGCGGGUUCAUCAAAAGUGUUUUGCGAACAAUCCGUGUAAAUUAGCACUUUGUCUUCCCAAAAUCACAUUACGUUUAAUAACUGGCGGUGUUCACUCUGCGCAAAUAAGAAAUAUGAAUGGAGUUACAGAUAUAGACUCAUUACGUGCUAAGGGUGAUAUAGUACGACGUCUGAAGGAAGAAAAAGCAUCUGACAGCGCCCUAAAGGAAGCUAUCUCUGCCUUAAAAGCUUACAAAAAAGCUUUGGAUGAUAAGGAUCCUUCUUUUGAUCGUGGUAAACUAGAGGAUCUUUUGAAACAAAAGUUUUUCUAUGAUCAAUCUUUCUCUAUUUACGGAGGUAUUCAGGGUCUCUAUGAUUAUGGCCCGAUGGGUUGUGCUAUGAAAGCCAAUUUACUUUCUGCUUGGCGUCAAUUCUUUAUUUUGGAAGACCAUUUAUUAGAAGUCGACUAUUCUAUGCUUACACCUGAACCUGUUUUACAAGCAUCUGGACAUGUCGAUCGAUUCACAGAUCUAAUGGUCAAAGAUGUGAAAACUGGAGAUUGUUUCCGUGCUGAUCACUUAGUAAAGUCGGCACUCGAAGCCAAGAAAUGCAAUAAGAAAACCCCUGAAAAUGAAAAACAGGAAAUCGAUAAGAUAAUCUUGCAGCUGGACAACUAUGGGGCAGACGAGCUACACCAAAUUAUACGUCGUUUUGAUAUCAAAUCACCGACAACAAUGAACGACUUAACUGAACCAACUUACCGCAAUGAUGCAAUGCAGUGA